CUAAUAAUAAUUCAGGUAGAAAUGAUUCAAAUCCUCGGACUUCGGGAUUUAUGGCUAAUUCCAAUUCCAAUUCCAACUCCAAUUCUAGUUCUAGUUCAAGUAGUGAAAAUGCCAUUAUAGAUGAAGAAUUAUCUUUAUCACCUCAUGCAUCUAUUGCCCUUUCAGAAGCAGAUACUCUAUAUUAUGAUAAACGGAAUAGAUUAGAAUUACAAGAAACUUUCAAUGAGAAUUUCACCUUGUAUCUUCCAUUUAUUAUUCGUCAGAUGAGAGUAGAAUCUCAACGAUUGAAUGCUAUGAUGGAGCAAGGAUUUGGAACUGGAACUGGAACUGAAAAUGGGUCAAGUUCUUCGGUAAACACAGAUGAUCCUCUUCAUUCUGAAGAUUCUACAUCCAAUUCAGCUCAGCAAAGAUAUACCGCUAAUCCAAUAUUUGAUUUAGAUGAUUUGGAUGAUGAUUUACCCACCAUAAUAGAUGAAUCCAUUACUUUAGAUCCUCAAGUGGCUACUAAUUUAAUUCUUAAUAAAUCAACUUCUAAAUUUAAUUUAAAACGUGAAGCAAUUAUUGUUACAGAAUUUAUGAAAAAUAAUGCAUAUGUAUUCCCCAAUUCAGAAUCAUAUGAAUUAUUUAAACAAUUACGAAAUAAUGUUAAAAAGGAUCGAAAGAAUCUGGUAAUAGUAUAUGAUAAAGGUGGAGAUAUACGAAGAUUAUCUAAUGUUAAACGAGAUGAUUUCAAUGAACAAAAUCAAUCUGAUUUUAUAAUUGAUGAUAGAUCUCAUAUAAUCCCAUUAAGUUAUAAACUUAAAGGAUUAGGUUUACCAUUAUUUAAAAUAUAUGUACCAUAUAUGUCAAGUUUUAGAAAGAAUGCACCAUUUAUGAUCUUUAAAAAGUAUAGAGAAAUCCCAUUAAAGCCAGUAAAACAAGAUUAUGAAAAUAAUGGUAGAAGUAAAUAUUCAAAAGAGAUAGAAAAGGAAACUAAUGAAGCAGAUAAUUAUGAAUCUUAUAAUUUUUGUAUAAUUCAUUCUAAAUACUUUCAGAAAGUUAGAAGAUUUAUUUUUAGCUUUAAGUAUAUUGAACGUGAUGGAACAGUAGAUCAAUUUAAGAUUAUAAUGUUUUUAAAUAAUUCCAAACCAUAUGCUGAUUUUAAUUAUAAGAAUACAAGAUUUAGAGUCAUUGGACCAGCUGUACCCAGUGGAUAUAUAGCAAAUUAUAAUCCUCAUUUACGAUUAUUAGUUAUUGAUGAUGAUAAACCUUCAUUAUGUGAUGAUCUAGUUAAUAAAAAGCCAGGGUUUGAAAUCCUGAAGAUUAUUAAAAGAAGAAAUUCUGAUUCUUCAACUUCUGAAGAUUCAGAAAAUUCGGUUAGUCCUUCAGAUACUGUAGUAAUUGGUUCAACUACUUAUGUUAAUCCAUAUCCUAAUCCUCAACUGACUUUAAUGAAAGAUUCUCCAUUUUUAAAUACAGGAACUACGCCAAAGCAAUCAUAUGUUAGUGAUAAAUUACCACCUUUUGGAGCAUUUAAAGAUUCAAUACUUUAUCUCCGUGAACCUAGUAAUAUCUUACCCAAAAAAUAUUCAGAAGCCGGAAGAAUUGAAGUUUAUCAAGAUAAUCUGAUAUUAUCUGAAAGUCUUGCUAGUACAUUUUCAUAUGAUAUUGAUACUUUGGUUUUAACCUGUAUAUUCUCUACUUUAAGAGAAGUAUCAAUUAGAAAUUCCAAUAAAGCUACCAGUAAUAAUAUUGGUGUAGUAGGUAGAUUUGGUGCAUUCCCUAUACAAGGUCCUAAUAUAUCGGCCUUUGGGUUAGCAAGCGGUUUAUAGAUUACAUACACUACCAAUUA